CAGUGCGACGGGUGCUACCAAUCCGCUUGCACGGCGAUUACGCUCGGCAUUAAGCUCUCGAGGCGCCCCUCGCCUGCGCUACUCACCUUCAACGAGCAACGCGUGUCCAAUGCAUGUCUACCACAAACGGUAGCCAUUGAUCCUACCUCUUCUCGCUCGAAUGAUCUCUACCGUUAACUUCGGGCAAUCGCCGUCGGCAGCGCAAGCUCGCCUGAGCAUCAGCUCCUCUCCUCAGCCUUCCAUGUCGUCCAGUAGCGAUUCCCCGGCGAACACACCCACCUUCGACUCGAAUGGCGUCUCCAUCGCAGAUUCCCUGUCUGAAGGGCGCAUAGGUUCAAGAGACGGAUCCGAUGAGAUUGUGCCCAAGAUCGAGGAGACCGAGCUCCAACUGUCCGACGUCAAGCCCGAGCCUGCUGCAGAUGACACCCCAAUAUCACCAACCGAGCCAGUGCGACUUAGACGCGCCAGAGGUCGACCACGCAUCCACCCUCCUCGCUCCCCCACCGCUGCAUCUAAAGCAGCAAAGGCACGUUCGAAAACGGGUUGUACAACGUGCCGAAAGCGAAAGAAGAAGUGCGACGAGACGAAGCCUUUUUGUCUGUCAUGCCAGAAGAACAAUAUACACUGUGAAGGCUAUAAGCCUGUGGAGAUAUGGAAAAGUGGCAAAGAAAGAGCAGCAGAAGCACGGCGAAUGAGCGUCGAGGUGAAAUUCGAACUGCCGCCGCUUAUGGGAGGAGUAGAGACGGACGUCGACCGGACCCUAUUGCAGCAUUUCGUCAGCAGGGCUAGCGCUGUCCUUAGUCUGCACGGCGAUCAAAGCACAAACCCAUUCACAAGGAUACUAUUACCAAUGGCCCUUCAACACGAGGGUUUAAUGCAUUCAGUGCUGUGUCUGUCGGCAUCACAUCUCUGUUCACAAGCUCCUUCGCAGGAGUACGAGGACAGGCAGGUGUUCCACCGAGGCAAGGCCCUGCACUUGCUGAACCAAGAUCUUCAGCGCCAGAAGGCUGGCGAGGGUGGCACUAUGCGAUACGAAGAUUCCAACGUGGCCCAGAUACUUCUUCAUCUCCUACACGCCAUCUGUGACGGCAACACCUCAGGGGAAUACCGAAUGCACAUGAUCGCCGCAAGACAGAUCGCUCUAAAUCAGAAAUCACAAAAUAAGGAGUUUCAAAACCUCUUCGACGAGUUCUUCUACUAUCACUGGAUUGCUAGUGAGAUUACGUCUCUCGAUGGCACCGAAGUACCUAUGAUGGAGAACUUCAGCCUUCCUUUCGAGAUAAACCCUGAGACAGCCGGCCUCAUUGGUGUUUCCGACGGACUAUUUGGGUUUAUUUCGAAAAUCAGUAAUCUGAGGAGGACGAUCCGAACACGCAUCGAUGAAAAGAUAGAACCUAUUAUGGACUACGAGGCGUUGCUUACUGCUCACGCGAUUGACACAGGUCUCCGCAAUUGGGUCUGUCCCCAGACAACAGGCACUCCGCGCUACACAUUGUCCAUGUUGUACCGUCAAGCGACCUGGGUUUAUCUGUAUCGGACGACAAAGAAGUCUAAACCGGAUCCGUAUAUCAGGUCUGCUGUCGACGAUGGGAUCAAGUACAUCAACGAGCUGCCCGCCGAGGGUUGGAUUCAAAGUAACGUUCUGUUGCCGCUGUUCCUGAUGGGGUGUGCCGCUUUUGAACAAGAUCAACGCUUCGAGAUCAACAGGGCUUUCACUGGGCUGAUGGCAGUUACAGGCCUGGGCAACAUCACCUCUGCAAAAGAGGUCGUGGACAAGGUGUGGCACCUAAUGGACAUUGACGACCCCGACUCCUGGGACUGGGAGAAAAUCAUCCACCAAAAAGGAUGGGACUUCCUCGCCACAUAAGCACUCCGCACAUACGCAUACGGCCGACGCACGCAUCACGUUCACGAUCUAUUCGAAAAUUGGAGUUUUGGGUUUUCCUCACGGUUAUCGACGGGCGGGACUGGGCAUCAAACUGGAUUGGUGUGGGACCUGGGUUAUGGAGUUGGCACACUCCGGAAAUCCUCUCUUCUUCCUUUACGCACACGUUCAACUACCGAAGAGCAUCUAAUUUCCUUCGGCAUGGGUAGGCUUCGUCUGUGAAAACGGGGUGCGGCUCUCUUUCAGCCUGUUUCUGCAAAGGCUACGGCUUAUUGCUUUUUGUACUGCUAUCCUAUAUUUCUGGAUCUAUCCACGGCUGGGGCUACUUGUACGGACGGGGGUCAUCUGCUUUACUGUCAUUCUAUCACACUGGAAGGAGGCCGGCGC